GGCAGCCGGCAGGGGCGGGCUCGGAGAGGUUGGUUGACGCGUCGCCGCAGUGGAAAGGUCCGGGAAAGUUUCUUUGGAGGUCCGGCCCGGUGCGGCCAUGUCCCACGGCCCAAAGCAGCCUGGCGCAGCCACUGUGCCGGCGGGCAGCAAGGCUCCAGGCCCGCACGGGAGUUUUGUGGUGGCUGUCAAGCAGGAGCGCGGCGAGGCCCCGCGGGCCGGCGAAAAGGGAUCCCACGAGGAGGAGCCAGUGAAGAAACGGGGCUGGCCCAAGGGCAAGAAGCGAAAGAAGAUUCUGCCGAAUGGUCCCAAAGCACCAGUCACAGGCUACGUUCGCUUUCUGAAUGAGAGGCGGGAGCAGAUCCGCACCCGUCACCCGGACCUACCCUUCCCGGAGAUCACCAAGAUGCUGGGUGCGGAAUGGAGCAAGCUACAGCCUGCGGACAAGCAGCGGUACCUGGACGAGGCGGAGAGGGAGAAGCAGCAGUACAUGAAGGAGCUGCGGGCCUACCAACAGUCUGAGGCCUACAAGAUGUGCACUGAGAAGAUCCAGGAAAAGAAGAUCAAGAAAGAGGACUCGGGCUCGGGGCUCGUGAACACGCUUCUGAACGGACACAAGGGUGGGGACUGCGACGGCUUCUCUACCUUUGACGUCCCCAUCUUCACUGAAGAGUUCUUGGACCAAAACAAAGCGCGGGAGGCGGAGCUGCGGCGCCUGCGGAAGAUGAACGUGGCUUUCGAGGAGCAGAACGCCGUGCUGCAGCGGCACACGCAGAGCAUGAGCAGCGCGCGAGAGCGCCUGGAGCAGGAGCUGGCGCUGGAGGAAGCCGCGUCCCCGCCUGUGUCCUGUCGCCACCAACCCCGGUUCCCAGCAGCCCAUCUGCUGACCGCCCCUUCCCCUGACCACCCCGGGCCACUCCCUCGCCUGCCCUCCGGUCCCAAGUCCUCUCCACCUCGCUGUUUCCAGAGUCCUCACCCUGCCCCCGCCCCUGCUCGUCCGGGACGCCCGGGCCUAGGUCUCCCCCUUCUGCCUGCUGACACCUCCCGCGGUCCCCCCACAGGCACCGGAGAGACCCCGACCCUCAGCACCCUGGACUUCUACAUGGCCCGGCUGCAUGGCGCCAUCGAGCGUGACCCUGCAAGGCACGAAAGCCUCAUCGUUCGCAUCAAGGAGAUCCUGGCCCAGGUCGCCAGCGAGCAUCUGUAGGACCAGCUGCCAGCGCAUCUGAGGAGCAGCCUCCCCAUGUCCGGCCGAUGGAGGAGAGCCUGGGGGUCCAGCCUUUGGGGCCAGGCCCCAUCCUGCACCUUGGGGGCUCCAGCCCCCCAAAACUAAAUCUCUACAGCGUCCCUUCAGCUUUCAGCCUCCCCAGCCCCAGAACCCAGAGAAAGCACUGGCCCCUGGACAGGUCAGGGCCCAGAGGGGAUGCACAGGACUCACGGCAAGCACCCCGUGGGAGGGCUGCCUAGGGCUCCCUGCACCCCCAGAACUGUUCGCGGCAAGGGCUGCAUGCAUGUUGGCCACGCGGCAGGAGGAGCCUUCGGUGGCAACUCUCAGUCUCAGCGGCACCUGGGUGGGGAGGGUUGGGUGCCCUGACCGUCCCUGGCCCAGCUGAGCAACUCUCACGGCGGCAGACCCUUCUCACUGCUCACUGCAGACUUUUUAAAUAAAAUCUCACAGGAUUUGCGUAUCAA